AUGGCGUCCGUUUCUGUGCUCAACAACACUUUCUGUUGCCUGAAAAUGUGUAGUAAUAAAAGUCUAAAGCCAAGUGACAAUAAAGUCCAUGUUCGAGCACCUUAUCAGCGCAAGGAAGGCGGGUUCAACGCCAAGGAAGCGGAAAUGCUCGCUGUCUGGGACGUCAAUGGAGAGGCGAAAUUUCACAUGAAAUGUUGGAAGACCAUGCGGGAGGCAGCAACCAAAAAGUCGAAAUCAGAUAACAACUUGCAAAACAGUAACAACGUAAAAAGCAACAACCAUGUCACACCUGAAAACCAAGGUUCAUGUAACACGCACAUAACAGAGCUGGAGAAACUGCUAGUGGCCGAGGCAUCUUUGACAGUGGAAUUUUAUAACUCUGACGUCACGUUAAAGAGAGAAGCUAAGAGGAUAGCUUCCAUGCUGAGGAAGUGUAAAUAUUCUAUAGUGUUUACUGGAUCUGGGAUAUCAACACCUACAGGUGCUGGGGAUUACAGAGGCAUCAACGGCAAGUGGACAAACCAGGACAAAAACAAUGGUGCAGCAACUGCUAAAAGUCGUGGUCCUCGAAUUGAGGACAUUCGACCGACCUACACACACGAAGCUUUGGUCAAACUUCUGGACAUGGGUCACGUGAAGCACGUAAUCAGCCAGAACACGGACGGUCUGCACCGACUCUCUGGCAUUCCUGAAAGCAAGUUGUCCGAACUCCAUGGUAACAGCUUCAUAGAAAAAUGUGAAUCCUGCGGCACGACUAGUGAAUUACAUCAUGGAUAUCGAAAAGGGCCGACAGACGCAUCUAUCCCGCCGACUAUUUGCGAGAUGUGCAAAUGCAAUCAUCGAACUGGUCGACGAUGUGCUGAAAAGAACUGCGGUGGUUAUAUGCGGAGUACCAUUGUCAAAUUCGGUGACACAUUAGACGAAGAGGUUCUCGGUGGCGCAAUGGCACAGGCAGAAAUGGCUACAUUUAUACUAGUCCUAGGUUCAAGUCUGCUCGUAUCACCAGCUAACAGUCUUAUACAAACGGACAAAGAACCACUACGACUAGCAAUCUGUAAUCGACAGGUAACGGCGUACGAUGUGAAGUGUUUCGAAAUAGACAACUCUGGAAACCAGCUUGGAUCGCGUGUAUUCGGCGACUGUGACGACCUCAUGCGGGAGGUGAUGAGGUGUCUGAUGGAUCCGGACGAACACCAACUCUGGGAGGACGGACGUGCGGACAGAAUGAAAACAUACGAUUCCAACAGGGCUCAUAGUAGCCGUCAAAGGAAUGUUUGA